AUGAUCGCUAAGUUCGUUGCCGUCCUCUGCCUAUUUGGCCUGGCCCGCGCCAGCGGCUGGCAUGGAAGUGGCCUGGGCUACGCAUCAGGUUUAGGUUACGGCUCAGACAUCGGUUACGGAUCAGGCCACGGCUACGGUGGCUACGCUAGCUACGUGGCCCCUGCGUACACUGCUCCAGUGGUAGCUAAAGCUAUAGUAGCAGCUCCUGUUAUUAAGGCAGUCGUUCCUGCAGUAUCAUAUGCCCCAGCGAUCUCUACAGUCUCUCGCUACCAAGUACAUUCAUCACCUAUUGUAAAGUCUUAUGUAGCCCCAGUUUCUUAUGCGUCAUAUGUGCCUUACACCGUGUCGUACGGCCAUGGUUACGGAGGUCAUGACUACAGCGGUCUUGGCUACGGUAGCCACGGCUACAGCUCGGGCCAUGGCUACGGAUCUGGUUACGCAUACGGUUCCAGCUACGGUUCCGGCUACGGUCACGGCUCUAAAUACCUCUGGUAA